AUAGCAGUAGCAGUAGCAUCACCAUGUCCCUUGAAGAGUCGCUAAGAUCUCUGCCGCUGGAUUACCUGAACCUCCUCAUCAACGGCCAGGCCUUCAGCGACGUCACUUUCAGCGUGGAGGGACGUCUGGUUCACGCGCACCGCUGCAUACUGGCCGCGCGGAGCCUCUUCUUCAGGAAAUUCUUCUGUGGGCCGGACCCACCCUCUGGCCUGGACCCCACCGGCCCAAGGAUCAACUCGCGCUCCGGAGUCAUACCCGUCAACUCCGUCGGCUCCGAGGUCUUCCUCCUCAUGCUCCAGUUUCUCUACAGUGGCCUGGGGUGCGGGAGAACGGGGGGUGUGGGGUGCGGGAAGGAGGUGGGGAAGUGUUCUGUUUUAAACAUUGAUAUGUGGUUCUUUGAUAUUUGGUUGGCAUAUUUGAUAAUGAUUUUGGACUCUGAAUUGUGA